AUGGCUGACUUUGAAGAUUCUGCCGCACGCUAUGAAGAUGACCAACGCUAUGAACGCCGUGACCGCUCUGCCUCACCCCGAGGUGAUCGUGAGGAUCGAAACCGCAGCCGUUCACCCAAUGGCCGCGAUAGACCUCCUCCACCUCCGUCAGAUACAAGAAUGAAAGACGCUCCGGAAGAUGAGGGUGCUGUCAAUACUGGCUCAAAUCUUUUCGUCACUGGCAUUCACCCUCGGCUCACCGAAGGCGAUGUCUCUCGUUUGUUUGAAAAGUAUGGCGAUGUCGAAAGCUGCUCCAUCAUGUUGGAUCCCCACACCAAGGAGUCUCGUGGCUUCGGCUUCGUGAAGAUGCUCACUACCGAACAAGCCGAUGCUGCCAAGGAAGGUCUCCAAGGUGAAACCAUCGAAGGUCGUACUCUCAGCAUCGAAAAGGCUCGCCGUGCUCGUCCCCGAACACCCACUCCAGGCAAAUACUUCGGACCUCCUAAACGUGGUGACUUCCGUGGACCUCCCGGUGGCGGCCGUGGCGGUGGCUACCGUGACCGCUUUGAUGAUCGCCGUGGAGGCUACCCUCCUCGCCGUGACGACUAUCGUGGCUCUCGUCAUAAUGAUGACUACGAUCGACGCGGUUACGGAGGUGGCCGUCGCGAGAGAGACGACGGCUACGGCGGUCGCGGCAUCGAUCGCUACGAGAGUCGACGUGAUGACGGCUACAGUGGGGGAGGUGGCGGCGGCGGUGGCGGCGGCGAGCGUCGUGGCUACUAUCGAGGCGGUGAAGAUCGAAACUAUGGGGCUGCUCCUCGCGACGAGGCGCCUCGCGGCAGCGGCGGUGGCGGCGGCGGCGAAUACGCUGGCGGUCGUGAUUAUCCCCGCGAAGACCGUUAUGGCGGUAGGUAA